AUGAUCUUGGAGAAAGCCAGCUCAUGGUCUAGCCCUGCAGCAGCCAGAGUCACUUGUUUGUGUAACCCAUCUGCAGGGGGAUCUGCCCCCCCGCGUCCCUCUCUGACGCCCCGCUGCUCUCCCCUGCCUGCAGAGCACCAGCACGCUCGUUACAACCCUCUGCGGGACGACUGGGUGCUGGUAUCGGCCCACCGGGUGAAACGCCCCUGGCAAGGGCAGCUGGAGAAGCCGCCCCCCGAGGAUGUACCCCGCUGGGACCCCAAGAACCCCCUCUGUCCCGGGGCCACCCGGGCCAAUGGCGAGGUGAACCCCCAGUACGAGGGCACUUUUGUCUUCCCAAAUGACUUCCCUGCGCUGCAGCCUGAUGCUCCAGAACCUGAUGACAGUGAUCACCCCUUGUUCCGAGCUGCCCCAGCCAGGGGUGUGUGCAAGGUGAUGUGCUUCCACCCCUGGUCAGACCUGACGCUGCCCCUCAUGUCCCUGGCAGAGAUCCGGACUGUCAUCGAUGCGUGGGCAGAGCUGGCGACCGACCUGGGUGCUUCCUACCCCUGGGUGCAGAUCUUCGAGAACAAGGGAGCGAUGAUGGGCUGCUCCAACCCGCAUCCCCACUGUCAGGUGUGGGCCAGCAGCUUCCUCCCUAACGAGGCGCGCCUGGAGGACCGGACCCAGCGUGAGCACCUGAGCCAGCGUGGUGUGCCCAUGCUGCUGGAGUACGCUGAGCAGGAGGCUCACCGAAAGGAAAGGCUGGUGGUGGAGAAUGCGGACUGGCUGGUCGUGGUGCCGUACUGGGCCACCUGGCCCUAUCAGACCCUGCUGCUGCCCCGCCGCCACGUCUGCCGCCUCCAGGACCUCAGAGAGGGCGAGAGGGACAGCCUGGCCUCCAUCAUGAAGAGGCUGCUCAUCAAGUAUGACAAUCUCUUUGAAGUCUCCUUCCCCUACUCGAUGGGCUGGCACGGAGCCCCCACAGGCCCCCACCUGGAGGAGGACUGCAGGCACUGGCAGCUCCACGCCCACUACUAUCCCCCACUGCUGCGCUCUGCCACUGUCCGCAAGUUCAUGGUGGGAUAUGAGAUGCUGGCGCAGGCACAGAGGGACCUCACCCCUGAGCAGGCAGCUGAGCGCCUGAGGAGCCUCCCUGAGGUGCACUACAAAGAAGGGGACAAGGAGAUGUGAUGGGGAACAGCGGAGCCGGUCCUCAUAUGUGAGUGUGAGGGGAAACCUUACCCCAUUCUACAGCUAGAAUGGAGGUCGUAGCCAGGUGAGGAGGUUUCUCCCAGGUAACAAGUGAUAGGACAAGAGGAAACAGCCUCAAGUUGUGCCGGGUGAAGUUUAGAUUGGAUGCUGGGGAAAAUUUGCUGAAAGGUUGGUCAGGCACUGAAACAGGCUGCCCAGGAAAGUGAUGGAAUCACCAUCCCUGGAAGUGUUCAAAAACAUGUAGAUGUGGCACUUGAGGAUGUGGUUUAGUAGUGGCCUUGGCAGUGCUGUGUUAAUGGUAGAGGACUGUGAUUCUAUGUGCUUGGUAAGGCCAGGAGCCAACUGGCAGUGCUGAGAGCUGAGGCCUGGGAACUCCUUGUGAUCUUGUGAGGCCUUGUGACCCCUCUCAGCUCCCAGAUUCUCCUGAGCCUUGUCACAGCUGGUCUGGGUUUUGGGACUGGUUUUAACUGUUCAGGUACUCCAGGCCUAAUCCUGUGGCAUCCUCACAUAGGUGGUGCUGUUCCUUGUCUCCUUCACUAUCCUGGCUCUGUCUGUGCCUCCGCAGCAUGCUCCUACCACCACCAAAGGGCUUACAUUCCUUACCGGUCCAGUCUCACUGGUGGGAUUGGGAGUUCUUCCUUCCCUGUGGAGGGACAUACCCUCCCCCGACCCCGGACAAUAAAAUCUGGAAACAAAAGCCCCUCUGCUUGUGCCGUUGUGGCUCUCAGCCCUGGGUGGGAGGUUUAGGGUCUCUCGUGGGGACCCCCAACUGUUGGGGGGGUGGGUGACACUGGUGGCUGCAGGAGAUGUACUGGCACCCCCAUGCCUCUUAUUCCUGGUCCUGCCUCUGUGCUGCCUCCUCUUCCUCCAUGGGGGGAGCUCUGAGUCCGUCUCUGAGUGCUGCAGGCUUGGGGAGGAGUGGGAAGCGGAGAGGAAUGGAUGUAGACCAAGGCUUAGCGAGCUCCUGGGAGAGGACUGAGUCCUGGCUAACUCACUGCAUGGAAGCUGCUGGCUGGAAUGGUCAGCCCUGGAGCUGUUCCUCUUCAUCCUCUGCCUGGGACUGCUGGCUUGCAGCCCUCAUGGUGCCUGCUGUGAUUGCUGGGGCUGCCGAGAUGCAUCCAGGCACUGGUGGGUCAGCUGUCUUCGUGGUGCUGUUGCUGCCCCUUUUAUCCUUCCCUGUGGCUGCACGUGGUGUGGGAUAGCAGCAUCCUGGUCCCUGAGCUGAGCUGAGGGAUGCUGUAUUCACCUGUUUUUGCUCUCCUCCCUUGCAGCCCUUCCCUCCAGGAAAGCCCCGGGGCUGUGCAGGGGUAGGUUGUGGACAGUGAUGCCACCACAGCUGACGUGGGGGAGGAUGCUGUGCUGUGUACUAUCAUGUCUUUGCACAAAUAGUUUUUAUUUGUCACUAAAGAACCGUUCUCACAACUCUCUAAUGAGACCCCUACCAUUGUCAAGUCUGUAAGUGAGCUCCUGAGAGCUGGAGGUACAUUGCAAGGAGAGAAACGCUCUCCUCCUACCUACAACACAAGAGUUUGUGAGGAGGGCUGUGUUCCCUCUGUCCCACCUGUGCAUCCCUAUCCAUGGGGCUGGGGGAGGCAGAAGGGCACUGAAAGCCACUGGCUGGCAGGCUGGAUGCUCUGCUACGUGCUGGUCCUGUCCUUCUGCCUGGAUUUCCCCAUCCCUGAAUCCACAAAGCAUCCCAAACUGACCUCAUGGCUCCCCAGGUGCCCCAGGGUUUUGGGGAGGAGCUGGAGCCAUCAUUGUACACAACGCCCCUGCGCACGGUAUAGGGGUUGCCCGGCUCUGAAUCUGGCCUCUUGCAGAGUGAUUUCUUCUCUCCUGGGACGAGCAGUGUCCGUCUGGGCUCUGCGACCCGCCCGAUCGCAGCCCCUCGUCCCUUAUCAUUGCAACCAGUGCCUGCAUGCCAGCCUCUGAAUUACCACGCGUGUCUCCAGGGUCCCGGGAAAGCGGCAACAAAUUGGUUUAAAUGUGGCAAUCCAGAUUGGGGUAAUUAGCCGCUGAACCGGUUGUAACGAAGCUCGUCAUCUCCCUGCACGCGCAGUUAGCUCUGAUUUAAUAGCCCGCCGGCUCCCAGGCCGGGCUGCCGCGCCUCGGCCCGGGGCCGUAAAUGAAACUCGCAGUUAAGUCAAGCGGUAUUAAACUUUACAGUCGCCGUCUUUAGAAACGAGGCUCUCUCCAGUAAAUCAGAGCAAGUGCGAUUGUAAAUAUCGAGGCAGGAUCCAUAUUGCUUAAUUAAACAGCAGCUAAUGAA